ACAUUUGUUGCUCUUGGAAAUUGAAUAAUAAAUGCAUAAAUAACACAGUAACAACCUUAACUGUAGUGUUGGAAUCUUUAGCUCUAAGUACAAAAGCUGUACCGUGUGUUACUCUCUCAGAAGGAGCCUUUUUUAUGCGCAUUCCACAGGUGACUGGGUUAUCUCCGACAGUAUUUGAACGCAGCAUCAGAUGAUAUAAACAGGCCCGGUGGAGGCUGUCAGCUGCUUAUCGGUGUCCUCUGUCCAGGUGGAGACAUGCAUGUGUUCUGUUGGGGAGACAGCUCCGAAGGACAGUUCGGUCCUCAGGCCGCCCUCAGCCCGGUGGCCUGGACCGUCCCCGGGAUCAUCACCGACAUCUGCUGCGGGGACCGACACACGUUACUGCUUAACGGGGACGGAGACGUUUUAUCCUGUGGACACAACGCACAGGGCCAACUGGGAAGAAAGAAGAGUAAAGAGGGAAAGAUUUUAGGUCGUGUGGACGGCCUCGGUGAUGUGGUGGCGUUGGCUUGUGGUCAGGACCACAGUCUGGCUCUGUGUGCGUCUGGACAUGUGUUUUCCUGGGCAGGAGAGGAUGGACAGCUGGGGGUGUCACCGGCGCUACUGUGCAACGGUCACAGACCCAGUCGGGUGCCUAUACCAAUCCCCAUGCAGGUAGUUCAAGUUGCUUGUGGAAACUCUCACUCUCUGGCACUGACUAAAGGAGGAGACGUCUUCUCCUGGGGUCUGAACAGUCAUGGUCAGCUGGGCCAUGGGAAGGCGGUGACUCUACAGUCCACUCCCGUCCUGGUUUGUGCUCUGAGCGGCGUGGCAGUGACCCAGAUUUCAGCCGGAGCGACCCACACUCUGUUCCUGACGCUCUCGGGCCUGGUGUACUGCUGUGGGGCCAAUAAAUCCGGCCAGCUGGGGCUCAACAGGGUGGAUGAGAAAGGCAGGUUCAACAUCUGUAUGGUUCCUGCCCUCAGACCUCUGAAUGUGUCCUUCAUAAGCUGUGGAGAGUCACAUUCUGCCGCAUUAACAAAGGAUGGUGAGGUUUUCACUUUUGGAGAGGGAAGCCACGGUCAGCUCGGUCACAACUCCUCUGCCAACGAAGUGAAACCCAGACUGGUUGAAGGUCUCAAUGGACCCGCAUCACAGAUUGUGUGUGGCAGGUAUCACACUCUGGUUUUGGGCUCCUCUGGUCAGCUCUGGGCUUUUGGUAAUGGGGUCAAAGGUCAGAUAGGAACUGGAACGCCAAACGGCAGCCUGACUCCGACUCUGGUUCAGCUUCCAUGGACUACCGACAGUGCAGCAGCCAUGCCCAGUGACUUGAAAAUAUCAGCUGGAUGGAAUACGAACUUCAUGUACUCUUCACCUGCGAAGAACUUGGAUCACAGACGGAUAACUGGUCGCCUUGAUGAGACAAAACUGCAGAAAUGGCUGAGAGUAAAACAUAUUAAUGUGGAAGUAAAGAGAGAAAUUGAAUCAAUGUUUCUGACAAGUUCAAGUCUUGUUGCAAGUUUCACAAAAGCCAAUGGGCGUCCACUGGAAGCAGAUGCCAUUCCUGUGGACGUUGAGGCUUCCUGCCGAGCUUUUGACCAGCUUUUAGCAAUACCAUGGAUCAAACAAACAGUAAACCUAAAGGUCAUGAUCGACUUGCUUGACGCAUCAGCACUUGACAUGAAAUCUCCAGAGAUCUUCCCGAUUCUGCUGUCGUGUCCCCUUCUGCAAGAGGAGUGUAACGUCAUGAAUGGGGCUUUACCUCUGGCAGUCAUCAUCAUGGAGCUCAAUGAGAAGACUCUAAAAACACUAAGAAGCUGGUGGUCGUCGCUGCCCGCGUCCAUACUGAUGAGGCACAUCAUGGUGUUUAAAAAGGCUCUGGCCUUCAUGUUAAAGAAUGGCCUCUUACAGACUCACAACCCAGGAGUCAGAUACCUGCUGGAUGUCCUCAAGCUGCUCUACAAAGCAAACAAAGCUGGAAAAUCCUACAAAGUCCCACUGAGCACGUUUUACGUCGAGGAAAUCGUCGGCAACGUGCAGCCGCUCUUUGACGUCACUCUUUGGAGGCAGCUUUCCAGUGUGGAGGACGAACGCAACACUCCUGCCAUCUUCUGCCGCUACCCAUUUGUUUUCACUCUGGUCUGCAAGGUGGCAGUAUUUAACAUCAAUGCAUUCCUAAUGAAGAGAGCGCAUCAGUUCAUUCAUAACCUGACUCUGAUGUGGCCGGAUCAAUCAUUGGUGGAUCCAGUUGACUCGGCUCCUGCCCCGGUCUUCCAGCUCACUCUGAGACGAUCUCACCUGAUCGAGGACUCUUUCAGACAGCUCAGUGCAGCCGACCACUGUGCUUUCCAAAGGGAGCUCCUGGUGCAGUUUGUGGAUGACAGGAAGUUGAUGAAUGUCAACAAAAGGGACUUUUUCCUGCAUGUGUUUGAUGAGCUGCUCGCUCCUGAAUCUGAGCUGUUCAUGUACAACGAGAGCAACACUCUGGCCUGGUUCCCUCCCAAACCAAAAGUGGAGGAGAAGAGUUACUUCCUGUUUGGAGUUCUGUGUGGUUUGGCUCUUUACAACCACAACAUCAUCCACCUGCGGUUUCCACGAGUCCUGUUUAAGAAGCUGCUCAGAGUGAAACCUUCGCUGGACGACAUGAAGGAGUUUGAACCUGUACUGGCCGAGUCUUGGAGGUGUAUGCUGGAGGACUACACUCCUGAUGUAGUGGAAGCUCUGGAGAUUGAUUUCAGUGUGUCCUGGGGAGGCGAGGAAGUUGAUCUAGUCCCAAAUGAACCUGGAAAACUUGUCACAGGGUCCAACAAGAAAGAAUAUGUCGCUGCCUUCAUCGACUAUGUCUUCAACAAAUCAGUGGAGGGACCAUUUGAAGCAUUCAAGAGAGGGUUUUUCAAAGUGUGCGACAUCGACGUGGUGGAGUUUUUCCAGCCAGAGGAGCUUCAAGGAGUGAUGGUGGGCCAAGAAAUGUACGACUGGGAGGUGUUCAAGCAGAACACAGUGUAUGACGGAGACUACCACGCCUUGCAUCCAAACAUCAUUGUCUUUUGGGAGGUGUUUGAGGAACUGACGGCAGAGGAAAAGAAAAAAUUCUUUUUGUUCCUCACAGGCUGCGACCGCGUCCCCUUCCUGGGCAUGGAGAGCAUCAAGAUGACAGUCGCUCCUUUGCCUGAUGCCACCGAACUCCAUCUGCCAGAAUCGCUGACCUGCCACUGCCUGUUGCUGCUGCCCGUCUACCGGAGAUACCCAGUGGACCGGACCAUGCACACCAGGCUCCUUCAGGCUAUCAACCACAACAGAGGCUUCCAAAAGAAACUACACUCUAUAGGCUGAACUAGUGAAGGCUGCAGCUUAGUGUUAGUUCACCACCAAGUGCAAUGAUUGCUUUCCUCUAAAUAUACACACCGCUCUUUUAAUGGGAAGUCUGAGAUCUUGGGUAGUGUAGGCAUUUAACUCAAGUAGACCAGCAGCUCUUUAGUUGUCAAAAAUCCUGAGCAGUAAGUGUAGUCUUUAGCUCAACCCCACUCGAUCUGCUUUGUAAUUUCACUUUUUGCUGACUGCUGCAACUUGCGCACAUUGCAUGUUUGAUUCAUGCUUCAUGUUGUUUGAUGAAGCUUUGCACAACUUGCUGUUCUUAUGUUGAAGUGAAGUAAUUUGCAUUUAUGAAACAGUGCAACCUAGAGUUAGCAUAAUACAUAUAUACAAGUAGGGAUGGGAGAAAAGAAAUCUGAAAACUGAGGAAUGUCAGACCUGUUGGCAGAAUGCAGAACAAAACUAGACGAGCCCCCAGUAGAGGGCAGAACCACGCCCAUGCAUGAUACUCUGUAUCAAUUUUGAUCAUCCUACGUAUAUCCCUUCCUACUUGAUCUGCUGACCUGUAACUCCACAGCUGAGCAGGGGACCUUACACUGAUCUUCAGUGCCAAGUUUGAUUAUCCUGACUUCAACACUUGCAGAGAUAUCUGACCGGACAUACCCACACACACAUACACACUUACCCAGCCAGAUACCGAAGCGAAUGCAGUAACCCCGCUGACAUACGUCAGGCGUGGUUAAUAACUUGUAUAAAGUUAAAGGAUCUUGCGAAAGAAAGGUGGAUAAUGGAAUUGAUCAGCUCCACUUAAGUAAAUACAACUUAUUAAGGAUAAUCAAACUUGGCACUGAAGAUCGGUCUAAGGUCUCCUGCUCAGUUGUGGAGUUAGAGGUCAGCAGAUCAAGGUCACAGGGGUCACUUAGCACAUUUCUCGCAUAUUGCAUCAUUUGUAUAGGAAGGGAGAUACGUAGGAUGAUCAAAAUUGAUACAAAGUAUCAUGCAUGGGCGUGGUUCUGCCCUCUACUGAGGGUCCAGCUGAUCACUGCCUUUGUCUUAAGCUGUCGUUGCCCCCCCCCCAGUGAAGGUCCACUCUACUGACGUAACGUCAGUCCUCGAGGAUCUUUAUCAUAAUCAUGACGUUCUUUGCAAUAAGCGCUCUUUUUUCGUUAUACAAGCUCAAAUCUUUUGCAAAUAUUUCAUGUUUAUUUACUAAGAAUAAAACUAAAAUGCAUACAUUUAGGAAGCCCGUUAUUUUCCUGCCAUUUGUAACGGAAUAAAUGACCACAUAAAUGA